AUGUCUCGAUUUUUCCGCGGCGGAGACGACAGCUCCACUGACUCUUCUUCCGACGAGGAGGAACUCUACUCUGAAGAGGAGGAGGAGGAAGAGCACGACCAGGAGGAGGACUCUGAUGAGGAGGACGAGGACGAGUCCGAUGAGGAUUCCAGCGACAGUGAUGAUGGACAAAAGGCCGGUGCUUCUCGUUUCCUUCGCGAUGUCUCGUCGGAAAGCGAGGACAGCGAGGACGAGGAGCGGGUAAAGGUCAAGAGUGCCAAGGACAAGCGCAUCGAGGAGCUCGAGGCCACCAUCAAGCUUAUUGAGAACGGCCAGAAGAACGGCGACUGGGCUUCCAUCUCCACAGAGUUCGACAAGCUCAACCGUCAAGUCACGAAACUCCAGGAAGGCGGCAAGACCCCCAAGGUCUACAUUAAGACCAUCGCCGAGUUGGAGGACUACAUGAACGAGGCUGUGGCCAAGCAGAAGGUCACCCCCAAGAAGUUGAACGCCACCGCAAACCGUGGAUUGAACGCCGUCAAGCAGAAGAUCAAGAAGAUCAUCAAGGACUACCAGACCCAGGUCGAAGCCUACCGCGCCGACAACGACGCUUUCAUGGAGUCCGAGGAGGAGGAGGCCAAGCCCGCUCCCAAGGCCAAGAAGACCGCUCGCUUUGUCGACACAGCCGAGGAUGUCGCCGAGGAGGACGACGACGCGGGCUUCUCUACUGUCGUAAAGGGUGGACGCGCAAUGCCGUUCACCCCCGAGAGCAUCUUCAAGCACCUGCGGGUCAUCCUGGAGUCUCGCGGUAAGAAAAACACCGACAGACAGGAACAGAUUAAGGUUAUGGAGAAGCUUUACGCGAUUGCCAACACUCCUUACCAGAAGAUCCGCGUCCUGCUUACCCUGGUAUCGACCCGCUUCGAUCUCGGCUCGGGUGGUGCCUCCUACAUGCCUCUUGAGCACUGGAAGGCCGCCGAGAAGGAGCUUACUGCUCUUAUCGACGUCCUUGAGGCUAACAAGGACUACGUUGUGGUCGAGAGCGCCGAGGAGUGGGAUGACGACGAGAAGCCCCCUGUUCUGGAGAAGGACCAGAAGUACAUCAAGGUCCCCGGAAGCAUCGUCUCCUACGUCGAGCGCCUCGAUGACGAACUCACUCGCUCUCUUCAAAACAUCGACCCUCACACUUCCGAGUACAUUGACCGCCUGACCGACGAGGGCGCCCUUUACAACACUGUCUUCCGCGGUCAGCUGUACUAUGAGUACCUCCGCAAGGACGCCGACCUGGAUAUUCCCCAGGAGAGCAUCAACCGUAUCGUGACUCGCCGCCUCGAGCACGUCUACUUCAAGCCCGCCCAAGUUGUUAAGAUCCUCGAGGACAACUGCUGGAAGACCGUCGCUUCUAACGUCGAGUCGACCAUUACUCCCCGUGCCGAGUCCCAGGACGCCGGAAACCUUGUCAACGUUCUCUGCAACUACCUGUUCAGCAACGCCGAGGGUAUCCUCCGCGCCCGCGCCAUGCUGUGCCAGGUCUACUUCCUUGCUCUGCAUGACGAGUACUACAAGGCUCGUGACAUGAUGCUCAUGUCUCACUUGCAGGAGAACAUCCCCAACUUCGACGUCACCUCCCAGAUCCUCUACAACCGUACCCUCGUCCAGGUUGGCCUCUGCGCCUUCCGCAAGGGCCUCGUCUACGAUGCCCAGAACACUCUGCAGGAGAUCUGCGGCAGUGGUCGCCAGAAGGAGCUUCUUGCUCAGGGUGUCAUGAUCCAGAGAUACAGCCAGGUCUCUCCGGAGCAAGAAAAGCUGGAGAAGCAGCGCCAGCUCCCCUUCCACAUGCACAUCAACCUCGAGCUGCUCGAGUGCGUGUACCUCACCUGCAGCAUGCUCCUCGAGAUCCCUCUGCUGGCGCAGACCGGCUCCUCCCCCGACGUCAAGAAGCGUGUUAUUAGCAAGACUUACCGUCGCAUGUUGGAGUACCACGAGCGCCAGAUCUUCACCGGCCCCCCCGAGAACACCAGAGACCACGUCAUGCAGGCGUCCAAGGCUCUGGCUGCUGGUGAGUGGAAGAAGUCGAUCAACUUCAUCCAUAGCAUCAAGAUCUGGGACCUCAUGCCCAACACGGAAGACAUCAAGACGAUGCUCUCCAAGCAGAUCCAGGAGGAGGGUCUGCGGACGUAUCUGUUCACUUACGCACCCUUCUACGACACCCUGGCGGUCGAGACGCUCAGCAACAUGUUCGAGCUGGACGCCAGCAAGGUCCUCGCGGUCGUCAGCAAGAUGAUCAGCCACGAGGAGUUGGCGGCAUCCCUGGACCAGGUCACCUCGACUGUCAUCUUCCGCAAGGGCGUCGAACUCAGCCGUCUGCAGAGCCUCGCCCUGGCGCUCUCGGACAAGGCCAGCGCGCUCAUCGAGACCAACGAGCGGACACUGGAGCAGCGCACCCAGGGCUCAGCCAACGCGUUCGAGAGACAGGGUGGACGCGGAGGCCGCGGCGGCGCGAGAGGCGGCGCGCGGAGAGGUGGCGGCGGCCCGAGGACGGGCGGCAACACCCAACGGCAGGCUGGCGGUACUCAGUUCACGGGCGGCGCGUUGGGUGCCGCAGUUCGGGGUUAA